GCUGCUGCUGUGGAAACAUACAGUGACACAGCUACACACUGAUAAAUCAAUUAUAAAGUGACAGCAAGGACUUGGGUCAACAUGUUGUCUUUGUUACGAGUUAUUCCAUGUCCAUAUGUUGGAUCAUAUAUUUCAGGUACAAAUAUAUUUGCAAUAGAAAUUACAAUGUCAAUACACAAACACUGGUUUUUGCAGUUUGUGAACGUGUAACGUAGAAUGCAGGGUAUAUUAAGUAAGAGUAAAUAGUACUUGAGUGGUAGAUUGGUGUAUCUGCACAACUAAUACUUGUAGUGUUUAAAUGCAGAUGACGGAUUGUUUCAGUUUUUAUUCACAGUUUCCUCUGAACAAACAUCUCCAUCAACAUGUCUGUGUGUCCAGCCAGCCGCCUCGAUGUUUAAUAAAGCCGUUCCCCUGCUGUUUUGUCUCGGAGUUUUGUGAGCUGCCAAAUCUUAUAUUUAUGUCUUUCUAUUUUCACCCUCCAGCUCUCCAUUUCUUUGUCUUUGUUUACCUGUCACACUAUAGCUGACGUGGAUCAGCAAAAAAUAGAGGGAACAGGAGGCAUGCGACUGUAUUGGUAGCAGGUUAGAGCAGUGGACUUUGGCACGGACCAUCCAUCUGUCACCGUGCUACACCCGCACUGGCACUGACGGGUCAUGGAAAUGGCAGUCUGUGACGGAUGACUAAUCUCCCACUAGUAAUGAAUGUGACACUGUCCCCUGAAUGCUAAAAUGGGCCGGUGGUGAAGGUGGCUCCAUGACUGACAAACGGGCUAAUCACAUGAUGAAUAUGAAGAUGAUGAUAUGCAGACAUAUCACUGUGUUCUGGGACGAGAGUGGACAGCUGUUGUAGUGUACAGUAGAGGAACAUAAGAAGUCGUUGUUACGUAGACGUUGAUAUGAACUGAUGUCUUGGCUUGUUUUCAGUUUGGGAGUCGACUGUAUGUGUAUGUGUUAUUUUUGAAUUUGGGAAGCUCUGCCUGAUGCUACCAUAAUGCAACAAAAUGCUAUAAGCUGUUCAUUCGGACACAGGUUGGUCUGUUCAAUUGGACCAUGUAGGCCAGUCCUUAAACCUCAGAUACUUUGACACGUUGAUUGGUGAAUCUCCACAUACUGUAUGCUGAAGCAGUUGUUUAAACCUCGAACUUGCUGAAACACAAAGACACAAAAGGUUUUUUUUCUUGUGGCAUCCAUGACUGUGGAAUUAAAAUUUGUACUGCAAAUUACGUAACAUAUUUAUGUGCUUUUUUAAUUAUUAUUUAUUGCCAAAUCUACAUGCAUAAACUGUUCAGUUUAAAUCAGUGGCACUAAAAUAGCAACUGUUGUCACUAGGUUUGUGUUUGGAAAGGAAAAGGAAGACCAUGAAUGACUGUGUAUGUUUAGAAAUUAGAUUUCAGCGGAUGUGCUGAUGGGAACAUGUCAUGUGUAGGAGGUAAAUGUAAUAAGGAACCAGGCAUGUACAUGUACUGUAUAUUCAGAGUACACGCACUGUCCUGUUGGGCUGGUGCGAGAAGCAGCUCCAGCCAAAUCGUCUUGACUGUGUGUUGAGUCUCUUGGACCUGUCUUAUCUUCACCUCAUAAUGCGCAGGCGUGAUCCUAUCUGAGCCCAGUGGGGGAAAAAAAGAAAGGAGAAAAAUAAAGGAAAAAUCUUCAGCAGACGUCGUGCGCGCUGCUCUCUCUGCACAGUCACACUGAACUGGAGCGAAUCAGGCAGAGACAUGACGAUGACUGUUUGUCUUACACUUGAUCUCUUCGAACAACACAGUCCAACCUGUGGAUAGUGCGGAGCGCGUCUGUGGCCACCGGCCAGUCUUCGCGGUCCGGGACGUUCUGCCUGCAGCCCGCUGUGUGCGCCUCCUUCGAGCGUUCGCUCCGGUCUGCGCCGGCGUGGGAGCCUCAGUUCCGUCCGACCACAGCUGUGAGCAGGUAUUCAGUUUAUGAAUGGCACUGACAUGGAGGAAAUACCGUUUCAGAAAGUCAAAACCAGGCGGAAGAGAAGUCACUGUCCACCUGGUGUCCCCUUGACCACCAUCGUGUGCGAGGACGAGUUCGACUGCAAGGAGCUGGAGUCCCUCUUCCAGAACUACAACCUGAAGCUGGAGCAGACCUCCACCCUCAAAGCCCUGGCCGUGCUCAUCUUCUUGUCCUCCACACUGGCCGUGCUGGAGUUGCUGUCCGGCCCCAGCCUCACCAUCUCCACGGGGUCCCAUCCGGUCCACUGUGUCAUCUUCGUGUCCCUCUUCAUCGUAACUAAUGUCAAGUACCUGCAAGUGACUCAGCUGCAACAGAUCGUGAACCUGACGCUGCUCUUCGGCUUCACAUUCUCCUUCCUCUGCUGCCCCUUCUCCCUGGGAGCCAUGGGGAUAGAACCCCCGACUGCCCCGGAGCAGGGCAUGUGGCAGCUGAUCCUGGUCACCUUCGUCGCGUACGCGCUCCUGCCUGUUCGAACGCUGCUGGCCGUUGUCUUUGGAAUAAUGGUGUCCAUCUCGCAUUUGAUUGUGACUGCAACUUCUGUCACAGUGAAAACACAGAGACUGUGGAGGACGUUGGUUGCAAACAUCGUGCUGUUCACCAGUGUCAACCUGUCAGGUUUGUUUGUGCGGAUCCUGACAGAGCGCGCUCAGAGAAAGGCCUUUCUGCAGGCUCGCAACUGCAUCGAAGAGAGACUUCGGAUGGAGGACGAGAAUGAGAAGCAGGAGCGCCUGCUAAUGAGUCUGUUGCCCAGGAACGUAGCUAUGGAGAUGAAAGAGGAUUUCCUGAAGCCCCCAGAAAGGAUCUUUCACAAAAUCUACAUCCAGCGCCAUGACAAUGUCAGCAUCCUGUUUGCAGAUAUUGUUGGUUUCACCAGUCUGGCCUCCCAGUGUACAGCCCAGGAACUGGUCAAGCUGUUGAACGAGCUGUUUGGAAAGUUUGAUGAACUUGCCACAGAGAAUCACUGUCGGAGGAUCAAGAUCCUGGGGGAUUGUUACUACUGUGUGUCUGGACUGACCCAACCCAAAACAGACCACGCUCACUGCUGCGUAGAGAUGGGACUGGACAUGAUCGACACCAUAACGUCAGUGGCAGAGGCCACAGAGGUCAACCUAAACAUGCGCGUGGGCUUGCAUACAGGUCGGGUGCUUUGUGGAGUUCUGGGCCUGAGAAAAUGGCAGUAUGACGUUUGGUCCAAUGAUGUGACCCUGGCCAAUGUGAUGGAGGCUGGAGGGCUGCCUGGGAAGGUUCACAUCACCAGAUCUACAUUGGAGUGCCUAAACGGAGACUACGAGGUGGAGCCUGGAAAUGGACAUGAAAGGAACGCCUUCCUCCAAAAACAUGAGAUUGAAACUUUCUUUAUAGUGCCAUCGCACCGAAGGAAGAUCUUCCCAGGGUUGAUUCUUUCGGAUAUAAAACCUGCCAAAAAGAUGAAGUUUAAAACGGUGUGCUACUUACUGGUGCAGCUCAUGCACUGCAGGAAGAUGUUCAAGGCUGAGAUCCCCUUCUCUAACGUCAUGAACUGUGAGGACGGCGAUAAGCGCAGAGCCAUGAGAACAGCACCACAGAAGCUGAGGAAUCGCUUCAACGCCAACCAGGCCAAUGUGAUCCAGAGCAGCCCCCGCACACGGGUCAACCGCUACAUCGGCAGACUGAUCGAAGCCCGUCAGACCGAGUCAGACACGGCUGACCUCAACGUCCUCACACUCAUGUAUAAAAGCUCUGAGCGUGAGCAGAGGUACCACCAGAUUCCUGAUGAGUACUUCACCAGUGCAGUGGUCCUCUCUCUCAUCCUAGCUGCCUUGUUUGGUUUGGUCUAUCUUCUUAUCAUACCACAGGGAACAGUGAUUCUAGUCCUCCUUGUCUUCUGCCUCUGCUUCUUAGUAGCCUGUAUUAUGUACCUGCAUAUCACUAGAAUACAGUGUUUUCCAGGGUGCCUGACCAUUCAGAUUCGUACUGCCCUCUGUAUUCUCAUAGUGCUCUUAAUCUAUGCUGUGGCUCAGGCCUGUGUGGUGGGCUGCAUGCCCUGGCUUUGGGGGAGUGCCAACAUUAACAGUUCCAUCGUCAUCAUCGACGUCGUCAGCGGCGCUAACCACACCAUGGCGGAGCUUCCCUGCGAAAGCGUCCGCUAUGCCUUCCUGUGCUGUGUUGUGGGGACACUCACCCUGGCGCUCUUCCUGCGUGUCUCCUGGCUGCCAAAGAUGGCGCUAAUGCUCCUUCUUGGUGUGCUCUAUGUCACGGUGUUGGAGCUCAGCGGCUUUCGCAGGACAGCAGGUGGGGGGUCCUUCCACAUCUGGGGCUACGAGCCCAUCCUGUCUCUGUUGCUCUUUGUCAGUGCCCUGGCCCUCCACUCUAGACAACUUGACCUCAAACUACGCCUGGACUUCCUAUGGGCCGUGCAGGCAGAGGAAGAGCGAGACGGCAUGGAGAAGGUGAAGCUGGACAACAGGAGGAUUCUCUUCAACCUCCUCCCUGCACACGUGGCUCAACAUUUCCUGCUGUCCAACCCCAGGAACAUGGUGAGCCUUGCUAAUAGACAGGCAGGCAGACAGACAGAGACACAGGAUCUGUACUACCAGUCCUACGCACAGGUAGGCGUCCUGUUCGCCUCCAUUCCUAAUUUUAACGACUUCUACAUCGAGUUGGACGGGAACAACAUGGGAGUGGAAUGUCUCAGGCUCCUGAAUGAGAUUAUAGCUGACUUUGAUGAGUUGAUGGACAAGGAGUGCUACAAAGACAUAGAGAAAAUCAAAACCAUCGGCAGCACAUACAUGGCAGCUGUGGGCCUGGUCCCCACCGUGGGCACCAAGGCCAAAAAAUCCGUUUACGAACAUCUCAGCACCAUUGCAGACUACGCCAUCGAGAUGUUUGACGUUCUGGACGAAAUCAACUACCAGUCAUACAACGAGUUUGUUCUGAGAGUGGGUAUCAAUGUGGGCCCUGUGGUCGCUGGCGUGAUCGGGGCAAGACGACCUCAGUAUGACAUCUGGGGCAACACGGUGAACGUGGCCAGUCGGAUGGACAGCACUGGACUUCAGGGAAAGAUACAAGUGACAGAAGAGGUUUACCGUCUGCUGAACACCAACUACGACCUGGUUUGCCGAGGCAAAGUCAGCGUGAAAGGGAAAGGUGAGAUGCUGACCUACUUCCUGGAGGGGAAGGUUCAGGGUGUGGGCACUGCAACCACUUCUUCGGUGGUGCGUUCUGCCAGCUUGGCGCGACGCAUCCACUCCUGUGGGAAGACGAGUGUCCCGGCCAAUCUGGGCAGCGUCUCUCCUGCCGCCAGCCUGACCACACACACCAGCGUUGCCAACAGCAGCAACAGCCAAGUAACAUGCUUGCCUUCCUCCUGCGUGCCCGCAGUGGGUGAGGAGAUCGAGGAGGAGGAGGAGGAGGAGGACAGAGCAGUGGCAGAGAUUGAGAUUGAGGCAGUAGGAGCUGCUGCAGAUGUAGCGGUGUAGGAAAGGAAAAAAAAAGAUGGGAUGAUAAACUUAGAUAAGAGAAAGGGAAAGAAAAUCCUGGCAGGGAGCCUAGACAAGACUGGGCUGUCCGGGUAUUUCCUUUAAAACCAGAGCUGCUGGCAAAGCCCAGAAAAAGCUCCUUCAGGACAUAAGGGUUGAAGGAAACAAUCUGGUGAUGCAGACAAACAUCACAGAUUCUUAGGGAUUUUCACACGCUCGCCACUUUUGCGAAACAAAAGUGGGUUGAAAGGGAAAAUCAACUGCAUUUUAACUUUUUUUUUAACAUCUUUGUUUCAAUUUGCUGUGUAUUGGUCUGGGAGUAGUAUCUAAGAUAAGAUCAUGGUAUCAUGUCCAUCUCUACUUAAAACUACAACCUUCAUACGUGCAUUGAAGAACAAUCAUGCUACUGCUUUUGCACUGUCUUUCUGAUUAUGCCACGGAUAUACUGCAUUUUUUAAAAAGUAAGGUCAAACACCGUCGGUUCUUUUCGGUGUUAUUAAGCAUGCAUGUGUCGUGAGUAUGUUCAUAUGCAUGGUUACUUUAUGGUUACAUUUAAAUGAUAACAAAAACAGCACAAAAUACUUUAACAACUCAGUUUUCAGCGAAUCAACCCGUUAACUUGUAAUAAACGUUUAAUACUUUUAUAAAGAUUUCACAGCCAUAAGGGAAGUCCUGUACAAAGAAAACCAAAGUAUUGACCUUUCCAACAUUAUUGUAAGGUUUUUACCACCUGCUUUGUGUGUAGGGGGGAAUUUUGUGGCACGUUUAACAUAUUUGUUUUUGUUUUGUUUUUUUUCCACUCCUUUAAAUGCCAUCGUUCGUGUCCUGCUGCUUUUAAAGAUGGAUUGUUUUUUCGCGACUGCAGGCUGACUGUUGUUGGUGCAGUUAGACCAACAACUAAAAGCAGUUUUUUUUCUGCACUUGUUCUUAUUUGUGACUAAUCCAAAUGAUGGUAUUAUUAAUGUGACAAAUGUGACGAAAACAUAUACAAAAGUAUAAUUCAAAAUGUCGCUUCAAAGAGUCGGUGGAUUUUAGUCAUUAACCGAAGAACGUGUGUCAGAGCCGUCGUCCCUCAACAACAUUAAUCAGUCUACAGUUGGACACGGUCCAUUUGACAAUUGUAUCGGUCAGUGUGUCGUCUGUUGACAUACUAACUGACCUGAAGUUGAAGCUUCAACAAACAGAUACAGGGAGUCAAGGCGGUAUUUAAUGCUUGAGGUGCUUUGGUGAAAUGAAAAGCAUUUCUCUAAUUGUGUGUAAAUAACAAAACUUGUAUCAACUAAGUAUUAAAGCAGAGAUAACAGUAAUAUGAACAUGAUUAAUACGUUCAUUACAACAGCCCUAUUUCUUUGUUUGGCUAAAUUGACAAUAUUUUUGGUGAUGCUGCUUGUUUCGUGGAAAGGAGAAUUGAAAUGAAUAGUGAGUCGAUAAUAAACCAAACAGCUAAACCACACCAGUAAUAAAUGUAUCAACACUGAAGAAAGCACCUCCACGAGUCUUUACUCUUCUUCCUAUGACCUCUGAAAAGACUUUAUGUACAGUACACACAUAUAUUUUCGCCGCAGCAUCUGGCUGCUGUCAUACUUCUGGCACCCGUCACUACACCUCUGCAUAGUUUUGCUACGCUCAAUCUGCGUCCUGAGUUCUCCACAGCUUGGUUCUUUCAGAUAGAAGCUAAGAAAUGUGAGUUGCUUCAGAUACACAGUACCCUUUAUCAGCACGUACUACUUUAACUGGAUCUGCAAGGUAUAAAUAUAUCAUGUUUCAUGUCCUUUGCCUUACUGGAUAAGCUUACUUAUGUGACUGCAAACUGCCUUUUUAGAUAUGAUUCAUUUUGAUAUGCAGAUGACACUUUUUUUGUACAUAGCCAAAAAGCUGUAAACUUUGUUGUAUCUUGUACAGUGUAAAGUUGGGUUAUUGAAUAUUUUGUAAUAAAGGCGAUAUUGAUGUAUAAAACAUCCCCUGCCCAUUUGUGUACAGUUGUGCCAACAACCAAAAAAAUCAUCUUGGCUCUGCCUUUUUUUUAAUGCCUGUUUUACCCUGUUAUCAUUUUCCCCACUUGCACCACUGCCUCCUGUGUGUUUACGAGCACGUUUUAACAAGCAAAGAAACAUUAUGUCAAGAUUACUUUAUAUUAUUUUUACAGUUUUUUUAAUGGCAGUGGUAUAUACUACUGAAAGGAAGCUGCUACUUAACAGAGACCACAGCUGUUGUUGUCAUCACCAUCACAGUCAAAUCCCACAACUCAAACAAUACAGAUUUAAGU